AUGUGCAAGAUCAUCAUCACGUAUAAGUGCGGCUGCAAGCCGUACACCGGCCGCCUCCCCUGCAAGAACAACGACUGCGACACGGUCAAGGAGAGGAGAAGGGAACCCAACUGUGCCAUGUGCGAGAAGCUGGCUUUGGAGGACGAGCUUGCUAGAGGGGAAAGGAAUAGCAGCUCCAGCUAG